AAUAAAUAAUCAGUUAUUAAUGUGUAUUUAUUUUGUAAUUUUUGCAUUAAAAUUUACAUCCUACCCUUGUAGGUGAAUAUUUCAAAAGGUUUAUUCUCCUUCUGCUAGAUUUUUGUUUUGUACUCGAAGGAACGUUCAAUAGGGAUGUUAUCACGUGGAAUUCCCCGCCUUAGGUAUAUUGAUAGUUACUAAUAUUAAUUUCUUAAGUGUCAUUGUUACCUGAUGUAUAUAAUUCGAUUUCCUCCUAGACUGUGAUUUCCUAUGGCAAUAUCUCCAUUAAGACUCCGAUAAUUUAGUACAGAUAACACUAUGAACGGAAUUUCUCCUCUUGUUUGUAUGUGUGGAAUUAAGGCAUAGAUGAAUAAAACGGUUCUAACAAACUGUCUAAAUGCUCUAAAUUAUGGGUUUAGCAGCGAUCUUGCUAGAAAGGAUCUUAUUAAAUUUGUGACUAAUCAGGUGCAGUUGGUCAUUAACCUCUCCAAAUCAAUAUCCAAAAUUGAUAUUUAUGACCAUAGUGUAAUAAAUGAUGAUUUUUUGGAAAAAUUUUUUAAUCGUUCUACAUAUAUCAUUGGUGAAGUGGCUAAUGGACGUAAAACAAACCGUAAAUUUGGGAACUCAGAACAGCUUAAAGGACUGAACAAUCUAGUUGUAGAGGCUUCUUGCGCAGUUCUGAUAACGUUUUGUUCUAGAGGAAAUGUGAACAAUAAAGAAAAGCCCAUACUCAAGCUUUUAAGCUUAGUGGAUGUAAAAAAAAUAACUCCAUCAAAUUCGAUUUCUGUACUGGCUGGAAUCCACAAAUCUGGCUUAUAUAAGAAUUUUGAGGUACAUUCGUUUGUUGAAACCCUCACAACGUAUGUGAUAAACAAAUCUUCAUCUGUUAACUACCAGAUAGGAUGUGAAAUCUCUAUACUUCUAUGGCAUAGGGUGGCCUUACUAUUCAUGUACUACGAUUUUAUAAAUCAUACUCAUAUAUCUCAAUUAAAGGUGCUUUUGCACCAGUCAUUUCGUAUAAUAAACGAAUUGGCCCAGUAUUCUAGGUAUGAUACGAUUUCAAACGUUUUUAACGAGUCAUUAACCAUUCCUUUACGCUCAUAUGAAUACAACAACCUUAAGCAAGAUUCAAGAGAAAUUGGGAUUCCAAACGAUAUUUUAAUACACAAAACCCGAAAAACACUCUCUUACGUUGUACAAUCAUUGUACAUAUUAUAUCAAUACAAACCCAGCAUUUUAGGUACCCUAAAAUGUGAAUUAUUGGAAAAACUAGUUAAACAAAUAAGGCUUUAUGAAACUUUAAGAGAUUUUAUUUGCGAUAAACAUGAUUCAAGCGAUACACACACAAAAAUAUCCCUUGUCCUCGUAGAUAUAGUGGGAGAUAAUCGUAAAGUUCAACACGAAGUUCCCAUUGGAGAUAGUAAUUAUACUGUAGAUACGGUGUUAACCAUCAAGUAA